AUGAGCACUUCUGCAAUUGGCAAAGCAGGUCCUGUUGAACAGGCCAUUAUUGCAACAUUGAAGGAAAAUUUGCAACCGGUGCAUUUGGAAGUGGUGAAUGAAUCGUAUAUGCACAAUGUUCCCAAGGAUGCGGAAACCCAUUUUAAAGUACUUGUGGUGUCGGACAAAUUCAAUGAGUUGCCGUUGAUAAAGCGCCAUCGUUUGGUUAAUACUAUUGUUAAAGACAAGUUGGCUGAUCAUUUCCCCCAUGCUCUGUCCAUAGAAGCCAAAACUCCCAAACAAUGGUCUCCCGAAUAUACUCUCGAGCCAAGCCCUAAUUGCCGAGGUGGUUUUGGCAAAUAAAA